UUGAGUUACGCAACCCACUUGGAUUCAGCAGCUCCACCAUGCCAAGACUAUGCCCAUUCAAGAACAGGCGUUUCGGAUUGUCCACAACGUAAGCAUUUCUGUGAAAAUCCUGUCUACCGCCAAUUAAUGGCUGAGCAGUGUCCAUUGACGUGCAACAAAUGUGGUGCAACUAAUAACGUGGGACCAACAUCAAAAGGUAAGCUACUGAUUGCAUUUUCGCAGAGCUUCAAUUAAAC